GGGGAAGAAGAGACUGACUGUUGGAACAGAGAGAGAGAAGCUGAAAGGUGUGCUCCCACCACCCCCGCUCUCUCAUCCUUCCGACCUCCCCCCGCAUUAUUUUCUCUCUCCCCCGUCGCCGCCUCCCCCCGCAUUAUUUUCUCUCUCCACUUCCUAGCUCUUCCUCUGAUCUGUCUGCUUCCCUGCUGCGCGCUUGCUCUCCCCCCUCCCCAUGUCCACUUCCCCAUUCUGACACCGCACGAACAGAGCUCACCAAGAGAAAAAAGUGAAGAAGGCAAGCUAGGCGGGACGGCAACGUGCUUGCCAUUUUCGUGAGGAGUUGAUGCUCGGUGUACCUUCUACUGCGAGAAGGGCAGCUAUGCAUGUCAAGACACAAAUAUAGCCUCACUUGAUUACACUGCACGGGUGGUUGAACACUCAAGAUAUAAUUGAUUCUACUGAUUCAGAGUAUGGGUUCAAGGUUUCCAUCACAUCAACUGAGCAAUGGCCUGUAUGUUUCUGGCCGACCUGAGCAGCCUAAGGAGAAGGCCCCAAUCAUUUGCUCCACUGCAAUGCCAUAUACUGGUGGUGACAUCAAGAAAUCUGGAGAGCUGGGGAAGAUGUUUGAUCUCCAUGUUGAAAAGUCAAGAAAAUCUGGUCCUCUAGGCAACGCGCCUUCAAGGAAUACUUCAUUUGGAGGUGCUGCUUCAAACUCUGGACCUGUCUCCAACGCCGGUGGUCGGUCCAACUACUCUGGUUCUCUUUCAUCUUCAGUUCCUGGUGCCGGCGGAUCAGCCAGAGCUAAAUCAAACUCUGGACCGCUCAAUAAGCAUGGAGAACCAACAAAGAGGUCAUCUGGUCCUCAGUCUGGGGGUGUGACCCCAAUGGCUCGACAGAAUUCUGGACCCCUCCCUCCUGUGCUUCCUACAACUGGGCUCAUCACAUCUGGGCCCAUCUCAGGGCCUCUAAAUUCAUCUGGUGCUCCGAGAAAAGUAUCUGGGCCACUUGAUUCCGCCGCAUCCAUGAAAAUGCGGGCCACUUCCUUUGCUCACAAUCCGGCUGUUACUAAUCUCAACACUGAAGUUGGUUACUCAAUUCAGGGAAGCUUUCCGAAGCCAAUACUCUGGGCUGUGAGUCUGCUCUUUGUGAUGGGUUUCAUAGCAGGUGGCUUCAUUCUUGGUGCUGUUCACAAUGCAAUUUUGCUGAUAGUUGUUGUGGUGAUAUUUGGUUUUGUUGCUGCACUUUUGAUUUGGAAUGCUUGCUGGGGAAGGAGAGGCACAAUUGGGUUUGUUAAUCGCUAUCCUGAUGCUGAUCUCAGAACUGCCAAAGAUGGACAGUAUGUAAAGGUUACAGGGGUUGUUACUUGUGGAAAUUUCCCCCUCGAGUCCUCAUUCCAGAGGGUUCCAAGAUGCGUGUACACUUCUACUUGCUUGUAUGAGUACAGGGGUUGGGAUUCCAAAGCUGCCAACACCGAGCAUCGCCGUUUUACCUGGGGUUUGCGUUCAAUGGAGCGACAUGUGGUUGAUUUCUACAUCUCAGAUUUUCAAUCUGGCCUUCGAGCAUUAGUUAAAAGUGGAUGUGGUGCACGGGUGACCCCUUAUGUUGAUGAAUCUGUUGUAAUUGACAUCAACCCUGAUAACAAGGAUAUGUCCCCUGAAUUUUUGAGAUGGCUAAGGGAAAAAAACCUUUCAAGCGAUGAUCGGAUAAUGCGCCUAAAAGAAGGAUACAUUAAGGAAGGCAGCACCUUGAGUGUGAUGGGGGUUGUCCAAAGGAAUGACAACGUGCUGAUGAUAGUUCCUCCAUCGGAGCCUAUCUCGACUGGUUGCCAGUGGGCCAGGUGCGUCCUCCCAACAAACCUUGACGGGCUAGUCCUGAGAUGCGAAGAUACUUCAAAUAUCGAUGUCAUACCAGUUUAGCAAACUGUGUGCUGGAAGAGUCACUGCCAAAGAAAAAGUGCUUAUUAAAUCUUUCGACUUUGGAUUUGUUUCGUGGAAUGUUAGAAUUGAGAGAAAUUUGCAAAUGCUGGGUGUGAUUAUGGCAGGUUGAGGGUGGUUGGUUAAGGUGGGAUUUGGCUGUAUAGUCUUUUUAAUGUGUUUUAUUCUUUCUUUUUUCCUUUCUUUUUUUUUUUUCUAUUUUCAGCUAUGAGCUCAAUACUUGUGUAAUGAUGCUUGAUUACUUGUAUGGUGCUGUUUGGAGGUUUAGUAUAAUUGAGUUCAUGUCCUUUUAGUGUGA